AUGCCCGAUUGGAAUGAGGAUUUGGUGAACACGCCAUGCCCAAUCUUGCAGGGGGAUCCGUGGCGGCGGGUCGCACGGGGGGAGCUACAAAACGCCAUACAUUGCAUGGUCUCUGGUUGUGGCAUUGAGCUCGACCUCAAAUACCUAAAGCGGUUCCGUCUGUGCAGGGAGCACAUCAGGUCUUUGAUGCUCCUCUCUGGUGACCAGCCCUUGCGUUUUUGCCAGCGUUGCAACAAACUGCAGCCUUUGGAGGACUUCAUUGGUGACCACAGGAGUUGUAAGUGGAUGGGCAAACGUCCACUCAGUUCAUUACGACGCCGUGCCAAAGUGCCGGUUACACCCAGGCAUGAAAAUGCCACUGUGUUUCAAAGUCCUGAACCUGAACUCAGUCAAGCCCUUCGGAGCGACGAGGUUGCUUCAGGCAGCCAUGCAGGUAGCAGUGCAGCGACAUGA